GCUUGCAAUAUAUUUUUUUUCAAAAGGGAUGCCUGUGUUUGAUUCUGCCAGAAUCCAUAGUUUUCAUCAAGGCAGUCCCCCACGGAAACUAAAGUGCAUAGAAAAGCAAAUAGAUUUAGCUGAAAAUAUAGAAUUAAUUACGGUAUUUGGUGGAUUGAUGUCUGAUCCACAGACUCAAAAUCAAUCUGGGGAAGCUCGUAAUUGUCCAACCUUUUUCAAUCACAUUAUGAACUCAGGGACGACGCCAAUGACCACGACUACUACCCAUAAAAAUAGCAAUGAAAUCAAGCAGUUUUACAUAUUUUUAAACUCUGUAGUUCUUCAGUAUUUAGAAAUUCUGGGAUUCAACAAGACUAUUUCCACCUUUGCCCAAGAGUCUCAUGAUGAAGGAUUUCCAGUACAACCUCGUCCAACACCAAAGAUCGAAAAGGUGUGCUCAGAAUUAACGCAUAAGGAUGUUGAGCAGUUCCUGCAAUAUUUUGAUGAUGAAGAUACCACACCAUUGAAUGAGAAAUGGAAAUAUGUUCGAGGUAAAUGUCCAGUGGAAAAUCGACGCGAAGAACUUAGAUUAAAUGUACACCUUCAGAUCUAUGUCUACAUCACGAUCCCGUUCAGGCGAGAUUUUUCUGAUGAUGCGAAACAAACAAACAUGCAAAGUUUAAUUGAAGAGUUUAAAGCAAAAGAUCAUGACGAUGUGGACGACCCAGAAAUUCUAAGUCUACCUUUUGUAAUGAACCCAGUAAUGCAUUCAGUUUUCUCCAAAUAUUUCACGGAACAUUGGAUCCAAGCCUUGCGUAGUAAUCUCAAAAUGUUUUGCCAAUCUCUGUGCAAACGGCUUCCAGAUCCAUUCGAGACAGAUAUCGCCAAAUUAUAUCGCCUUUGGGUCAGCACAAAUAACAUGAUGCGUCAAUUUGGUAAUAUUUCAAGCUCUUGGAAUCUCCUCGGACCAUGUGACACUUUAAACUUGGUGCCCCCUCCCAAAUUGUCGAUGAUUUGUCAACUUCCGGACGAUUCCUUGUUCAAAACCUUUUUUGAGAAGAUGAAACAAUGUGACCGUUCCAUGAAAAAUGAGUACAUGCAGAAAAUCCAACUGUGUGACGCCCUAGUGACUUGCUUGAGGGAACUUUACACAAAGCCCGAUGACCAGAAAAUCCCAUGGGACAAAAUAAUUGAUCAAUGUUCACAAGCGAGUCUUAUUAGCCGUGAUUUCAAAUCGUCGUCAGAAUAUAGUCUUCGUGGACAAACUGAAAGCAUGAUGGCAAAUGGAAUUAGUGACGACUCAGAAUUUCAGAGUGAAAUUAAUUUUCUCGUGCCAGAGAGAAAAUUACAAAAAACGGCUUCAUGUCAGCACCAGCAAUUGUCCACACGGCAAAGACAAUUCUCCUCUUCGUCGCUUGAUUACGAGGAGGGGACAAAUCAUCAAAUGCGGGAAAAUCAACAGCCUCCUUUAGCUGAAGAGACGCCAUGUACUACUACCAGUCGAAGCAACAAGAAUAACAAUGAGGAACCCACAUUGCGAAUAAUUCGACAAAUGCUUUCUGCCAGAGGAGGAAAUCCUGUUUAUGACGAUGCAUAUGAAGAUGCAGGCAUAGGGGACUUUAACAGGGUACAAUUUCUACCACCUCCUCCAAGCAAAUUUGAGAAUAUUUCAAAUCAUAGCCCUCGAAGUCUUUUGAAUAUGAUGCAAUGUAACGCAAUGCUGCGUGACAUAGUCAACGAAAGUGCAAAUAUAAAUGAGGAAUGAAUAAUUGGGGGAUACAACAAAUACAUAAAAUAUACCAAGAGUACAAAUGUAUAAUUGUAUUUCUUCUUUCUUACUACUCAAACAAGACUUAAUAAUAAUUUGAUAAAAGUAAUAUAAUAAUGGCAGAAAAAACAGUAUUUUGACAUUAUCGACUAUCGACGAAGAACAAAACUAAACGAAUGCUGAAUCAUCAAUAAAAUGUACACAAAUAUCCAUCAGCCAAAUAAAAAAGCUCAUUUCACUGUCACUUAAUUUAA